AUGGCAUCUGCUCAAGACUCCAAGUUUGGUCAGAAGGACACAUCAGAUCAGAACUUUGAUUACAUGUUCAAACUGCUCAUCAUUGGCAACAGCAGUGUUGGGAAGACCUCCUUCUUGUUCCGUUACGCCGACGAUUCUUUUACAUCAGCUUUCGUAAGCACUGUCGGAAUUGAUUUCAAAGUAAAAACAGUUUUCAAAAAUGAAAAAAGAAUUAAGCUACAGAUCUGGGACACAGCUGGUCAGGAGAGAUAUAGGACAAUUACAACAGCCUACUAUCGGGGCGCGAUGGGCUUCAUUUUAAUGUAUGACAUCACCAACGAAGAAUCCUUCAAUGCUGUGCAAGACUGGUCAACCCAAAUAAAAACGUACUCUUGGGAUAAUGCCCAGGUUAUUUUGGUCGGUAAUAAAAGCGACAUGGAAGAAGAACGGGUAAUCUCCACUGACAGAGGGAAACAUUUAGCGGAACAACUUGGUUUUGAAUUCUUCGAAACAAGUGCCAAGGAUAACGUCAACGUCAAGCAGACAUUCGAGCGGCUUGUGGAUAUCAUCUGCGACAAAAUGUCAGAAAGUCUGGAUACGGAUCCUGCCAUCGCUGCUGGUAAACAGAACACGAGACUAAAGGACACCCCUCCUCCACAGCAACCCAACUGCGGCUGUUAAUAGAGUGGUCGUCGACAGAGGCAGCUCCAGUGUGUUCUUUUGCCAAUAGAGUAUUUACAUAUAGGGUCUAUAUGCCUUUAUUUAUGUCUUACUGGUUCGUUGGGAGGGAUCUGUCUUAUUUAGCGUCCACUGCUGGUACAGUAUGUGCAUAGAGCUGUUCUGUGGAAACUGAUCGCAAAUGUAUCAGGAAAGGACUCUCCUCCGGGUUCUCCGCAUUUGGCCUCUGCACGUAGAUGGCUGUUAGUCUUUUCUCUCCACGUUUGCCUUUCCUCGAUGUAUAUCUAUUACUGUUAUUCAGCUGGUUCUGUGACCUCGGGCCCCAGUUUUGUCAAGACGCUACUCUUCCUUCACCUGUUUCUGGUUACGGUGUUUUGCUCUUCUAGGGUG